AUGGUUGCACAGGGUGUAGCCCCACCUUCCCUUUCUAACCCUAUUCCAACCAGUAUUUGCUAUAAGGGGCACUCUAUGAUCAAAGUGAAGCCAAUUACCCCGAAUGCUAUCCUAUGGUACGCUUUUAAUUCUGUGCCUGAAUUCCGAGUGGUAAAAGACCAUACCAUUAACUUCUACGAGCAUCAGAGAUGGACAACAUCCACAAAGGGCGAUUUCAAAAGCUUUGCGCUUUCCCUUAGAAGCGACUCGACGGUUAUCAGAUGCACUACACAUUCCCUAAGAAGAAGCACUCUACUAAUUCAAAGUCUUGCACGCUCCAUUCAAAAGAAUUCGAUAAAUAUCCAGAGUCUUCACUUCCCGGUGAGCCUUCAAACGUUGUGGUUGAUUUCCCACACAACUACAUUAUUGGGAACAUCCAUGUACCAUUACCAUAUCACAUUCAAGGGUUACAACAUAGGCUAUUCACUUGCAAGUCUCUCGGCAAUUUUGACGUACUCACUAAUACUCUAUCGAAAGCUUAUUGCACUUCCCCACUUGACUUUGUCCAUAUUGAAUUCUGAGAAUACCCACUUGCUAAUAAUGGCAUUCCUUACGGCUACUAGUGCCAGGAACUUUUUGAGGUUGGUAUCAUUUUCAAUAUACCUGUUCAUGAAUUUAACCAACCACUUUGCUGGAGGUAAUCAAAAGUUGCAUUUAAAUCCAUCGUUGGUUACUUUCGAAUAUCCACUACUCUUGGCGGCUGCAUACUCUGAAAUGAUAAUGUGCACUAGUGAACUUAUAGACGCUCUACUUAAUAGAGUUUCGCAUAAAGUUAUCUUUUACUCAAUAUUUAUUUCAUUGAGGUUGGCAUCUUCAGAAUACUUCUAUUCCUCUUUCAGUGGCAUUUCAUGGAUAUGUAUGAAAACGCUAAACGAAAUCAAGAGUCAAUAUUCUAAGAGAUCGAUAACAAGCGAAAUAAAAGGAGCAGAAAAGUCUGAAAUACAUCGGGUUGAAGUAAUGUGUCCUCAGAAGAAGAUUUUGGAGAAUAGCCAAAUUGAUGAUGAUUUCCAAUACAUUUUUGAAGUGUAUUAG